GUGUAAAGUUGGAGAACCCAAGUAUCCAGUUGCUGCUAUAGAGAGAGGUAAGCAAGUUGUAGUUAGUAAAAAAUCAACAUUGAUGGUUAGAGAUUAUGACUAUACAAAGUCUGAAAUAAUACCAAGUAUUAUAAUGAUAUGUAAUAUUCUGAAGUCAGUUGAUGGUGAUUUUUAUAUGGGAGAUAUUCAUAUUGGAUUAAAAAAUGCUAUUUUUCAACCUUCCUCACCAAUACGCUAUGCAGUUGAAUUAUACAAUAUCUUCAUAAAAAAAAAUAUUACUAAUAAACCUGUCUUAUAUCUUUAUACAGAUGCUUUAGAUCUAGACUAUUUCAUUGCUGUAAGAACACUACCUCAAUACUCGUGGAAAAAUUCAGUAGAACAUAUAAU